AUGUACCUCAACAAUGCUACUUUGUCAUCUAUAAAUAACUCAACAUUCAAACUUCAUUCUCACCAUCGAUCAUCUGAAACACUUCCAAGCUUCUUGUACUACAGUUACAUUCAAAUCAAACUUCCUAUAACGAGACGCUUCAUAUCAUACAUUUCGAAACAACCUAAUGAGAGAGUAACAAGAUUAGCAUCACAAAGAGCUGUAGUUAUCUUUAGCAAGACUACAUGUUGUAUGAGUCAUACUGUCAAGACCCUUUUCUAUGAUCUCGGAGUAAACCCAUCAGUUCAUGAACUCGACCAAGAACCCAGAGCAGGAAAAGAAAUCGAGAAAGCGCUUAUAAGUCUAGGAUGUAAUCCGUCGGUACCUGCCAUAUUUAUCGGUGGUAAGCUAGUUGGUGGAGUUAGUGAAGUUAUGACUCUUCAUCUCAGUUGCUCUCUCGUUCCAUUGCUAAAGCAAGCAGGAGCUAUCUGGCUUUGA